AUCGGAGAAGACGAAGAAGAAGAAGAUCGAGAGGAAGCCAUGGCGCGGCUCGUCUUCGGUCUCUCCCUUGCUCUCCUUCUUCUCUUCUUCUCAUGCUCUCCUCUUGCCUUUGCUUCUCCGAAGAAGCCUGUUUCAGUGGCCCGUCGAGAGGACAUACCCUUCAUCAAGUGCCAGGUCUGUGAGAAGAUCGCCAGAGAGAUUCACAACCUUGUCCAGAAGAAGGAGGCACUGGUUUCGCCUAAAAAGGUUUCGGAGUUUCAGAUCAUUGAGAUUGCGGAGAAUGUGUGUAAUUUGAAGAAGGAGGAGGCGGAUUGGAUCCUCCGGAUUGAUGUUGUUGAGAAAGGAGACAAAUUGGAGCUUGUUGAUCAAGGCACUGAAGGACAGUGUAAUUCAGAAUGUAAGACCAUUGAGCGAGCUUGUCAGGAGGUCAUGGGGUACUCAGAUACUGAUGUUGCUGAGUAUUUGUAUAAAAGCAAGCCUUCAGUUGAUGCCUUGAUAGAUUUUCUCUGCAAUGACCUUUCUAAAGCAUGCUCUGUCAAGCCACCUCCAGUUCCAAAGGAUAGAGUUCCUGGUGAGCCUUUUGUUGCCAAGUCAUCGAAAGAGGCUGAAAUGGAAAAAAUCUUGAAAUCAAUGGAGGGCAUGCCCGGGGCACCAAAUAUGAAAAUGUACUCCAGGGAAGACUUGAUGAACAUGAACAAUUUUGGCGGUGAAGAUGACGAUGAAGACGAUGAAGACGAUGAGGAUGAAGAUGACAAAUUUCCGGCCAAUCUGGGGAAAAUUCUGAAGGAGAAAGACAAUCAUAAGAAAGAUUUCAAGCAGACAAUUCUGCAAGGCAUUUCAGAAACAAAAACAAUGAUAAAGAGUCACAUAAACAAAGUAUCAGGGAAGGUAAAGAAUUGGCUGUGGAGUAAGAAAGUGGCUCAGAAGACUUCAAAGGCAGGCAAAGCUGAGCUUUAGGACUGAACAACAACUUCAUUAUGGAAAUCACAAACCUUGUUUGCAGACUAAAAUUAGUGUACCAACUCAAGUCCCUCUUUUUUUUUGUUCCCUUGAAAAUUUGAGUGUAGGUCUUGUACACUAAUUUCUGAUGCAUUGAUACGCAUAGCUUUACAUUCUCUUUGGAUAAUAUUUGUAACUAAAUAGUUUUGAGACUCAAUUUUAGUGCGGCAAAUUAAUUCUAUGAUUUGAGCGCU